AAUUUGAAUGUAGCUGUCAUCAUAAAUAGACAAUCGGAAAAAUUUUACUUUCUUUCAACUUAUCGUAAAUGACCUUCUGUGUAACCUUUGUGGUGACAAUGAAUUGGAAAAUUUUGAUCCUACUUUAGAAAUAUAUAAUAUACAUAUACACUUUACAUUCGAAUAGUUUUGUGUUGUUGAAUUAGAACAAAUUUGUUCAGCUAUGUCGUCCGAGGCGGAAAAAAAGGUUAUGCCGAAAUAUAUAAAAUUUCUUUUUGGAGGCACAGCAGGAAUGGCAGCAACAUGUUUCGUGCAGCCCUUAGACUUGGUGAAAAGUAGAAUGCAAAUGAGUGGAAUGACUGGUGGCCAAAAAGAGUAUCCUACUUCACUUCACGCUUUACGAAGUAUCGUUAAAAAAGAAGGAAUUUUAGCUUUAUACACAGGUCUCUCAGCUGGUCUGUUUCGGCAAGCUACCUAUACUACAACAAGAUUAGGUGUUUACUCGAUGACCUUUGAAUAUUUUACUAAAGGAACAGAAACUCCUGGAUUUUUAAAGAAAGCAGGACUUGGAAUGUUUGCUGGAAUUUGUGGAGCGUUUGUAGGUACUCCUGCCGAGGUAGCACUAAUUAGAAUGACUCUGGAUGGUAGGUUGCCAUUAGCGGAUAGAAGAAAUUAUAAGCAUAUUGGUGAUGCACUUGUUAGGAUAACAAGGGAGGAAGGUGUACUUACCUUAUGGAGGGGAGCGAUUCCUACAAUGGGCCGUGCAAUGGCUGUCAAUACUGCACAGUUGGCUAGUUAUUCUCAGGCUAAAGAAGUGCUUAUUGAUAGUGGAUACUUCACUCAGGGAAUAUUAUUACAUUUCUGUGCUUCUAUGAUUUCUGGACUUAUUACCACUGCUGCUUCAAUGCCACUGGAUAUGGCAAAAACUAGGAUCCAAAACAUGAAAACGAUCAAUGGAAUACCUGAGUACAAGGGAACCAUAGAUGUUUUGGGAAAGGUUAUGAAGCAAGAAGGUAUAUUUGCCCUUUGGAAAGGCUUCACUCCCUACUAUGCCAGGUUGGGUCCUCACACUGUUCUUACCUUCAUAUUUUUGGAGCAGCUGAAUACAAUGUAUUACCGGUAUGUUUUGGGACAGGAAGCACCCGUUUCGAUGUAAUGUAAACUAAAUGGAUAGUUUAUUGUGAUUUCUAGAUACAGAAAGCUAAUUGAUGUAUGGGGUUAGCUGAUAGAUAUGCAAACUGCUUAAGAAAUAUUUAGGUUAGAGGAGAAAGAGAAUAUUUUUUUAUAAUAGUCUAUAAAUUUUUCGUAGAUUAUCAAAAAUCUAUCUCUAUGAUUUGGUGAUAUGUGAGAGAUUUUCAGGAACAUUUCACCAAACAUGAAAUUUAAGAGGUUAUAUAAACUUCAUGACCUUUUUUUUAGUAAUUAAUAUUUCAUGGUUCUUG